AUGUCGAGGCGCAAGCAGGCGAAACCCCAGCACAUCAACUCCGAGGAGGACCAGGGCGAGCAGCUGCCGCAGCGGUCGGCCGCGGAGUUUGCAGAUGCGGCCCCAGCCGCGCCGGCGACGGGGGAGCCGGGUGCUCCAAUGAACCACCCAGGGAGUGGCAAUGACGUCAGCAGGGCUGGGGUGUCAGGGAAGAGGCCUCGUCGGGAGGAGACUCACGUCUGCGAGAAAUGCUGCGCGGAGUUCUUCAGCCUCUCCGAGUUCUUGGAACACAAGAAAAGUUGCACUAAAAAUCCCCCCGUCCUCAUCAUGCACGACGGCGAGGGGCCGGUGCCUUCAGAAGACUUCUCCGGGGCGGUGCUGGGCCACCAGCCGCACAGUCCAAGCAGUAAGGACGGUCCCAGGGAGGAUGGCGGCGGCCCGGGGGACACGAAGGAGAAGCUGGGGGCCGAGUCCGUCGUGUUUUUGAAGACUGAGACGGCCCCGCCGCCCGCGUCCCAGGACGUGAGCUGUCUGCCCAAAGGCAAGGUGGCCAGCACCAACGUCACCCUCCAGGCCCUGCGGGGCACCAGGGUGGCCGUGAAUCAGAGGAGCGUCGAGGCGCCGCCGGCCCCCGUGCCCGGCGCCAGCAGCAUCCCGUGGGUCCUCGAGCAGAUCCUGUGCCUCCAACAGCAGCAGCUGCAGCAGAUCCAGCUCACGGAGCAGAUCCGCGUUCAGGUGAACACGUGGGCCUCCCACGCCCUCCACUCCGGCGUGGCGGGGGCCGACACCCUCAAGACCUUGGGCAGCCACGUGUCCCAGCAGGUGUCUGCGGCCGUGGCCUUGCUGAGCCAGAAAGCUGCAGGCCAGGGCCUGGCUCUGGACGCCUUGAAACAGGCCAAGCUACCUCACGCGCACGUCCCCGCCACGAGCGGCUCCGUGUCCCAGGGGCUGGCGCCCUUCGCCCUGAAGCCGGACGGGACGAGGGUCCUGCCCAACGUCGUGUCGCGCCUUCCCGGCGCCCUGCUACCUCAGGCCCCCGGCUCUGUGCUCUUCCCGAGCCCUUUCUCCACCGUGGCGUUAGACCCGUCCAAGAAGGGGAAGGGGAAGCCCCCGAACGUGUCCCCGGUGGAGGUCAAGCCCAAAGACGAGGCCGUCCUCUGCAAGCACAAGUGUAAGUACUGUAGCAAGGUUUUUGGGACCGAUAGCUCCUUGCAGAUCCACCUGCGCUCCCACACCGGCGAGAGACCCUUCGUGUGCUCUGUCUGCGGCCACCGCUUCACCACCAAGGGCAACCUCAAGGUGCACUUUCAUCGACAUCCCCAGGUGAAGGCGAACCCCCAGCUGUUUGCCGAGUUCCACGACAAAAUGGUGGCGGGCAAUGGCAUCCCCCAUGCGCUCUCUGCACCGGUCCCCGUAGACGAAUCGAGCCUCUCGUUAGACAGCAAGCCCGUCCUCGUGUCAGGGACCCCCAGUGCAGGGCUACCUCAGAGUCUCUCUGCGGGGACUAACCCCAAGGACCUCGCGGGCGGCCCCCCGCCCGGCGACCUGCAGCCCGGGCCUUCUCCAGAGGGCGGGGAUGGCCCCCUGCUGCUCUCCGGGCUGGGGCCACACCACAGUUCCCCCAGGGUCGGUGGCUUCCGGGGGAGCGGGACGCCCGAGCCGGGCUCGGAGACCCUGAAGCUGCAGCGGCUGGUGGAGAACAUCGACAAGGCCACCACCGAGCCCAACGAGUGUCUCAUCUGCCACCGGGUCCUGAGCUGCCAGAGCUCCCUCAAGAUGCAUUACCGCACCCACACCGGGGAGAGGCCGUUCCAGUGUAAGAUCUGCGGUCGGGCCUUCUCCACCAAGGGCAACCUGAAGACGCACCUCGGGGUCCACCGGACCAACACGUCCGCAAAGACGCAGCACUCGUGCCCCAUCUGUCAGAAGAAGUUCACCAACGCGGUCCUGCUGCAGCAGCACAUCCGGAUGCACAUGGGCGGCCAGAUUCCCAACACGCCGCUGCCCGAGAAUCCCUGUGACUUCGCGGGCCCCGAGCCAGUGAUGGUCAGCGAAGAUGGCGGUGCGGGGGCCGUCUGUCACGACGAUCUCCUCGAAAGCAUCGACGUCGACGAGCUCGGCCCCCCGGAGGCCCCCGGCGGUAGCUCCUUGAAGGUCCCGCUGCCCCUCCCCAGCGGGCAGGCCGCGUCCCCCACCCUGGGGUUCGCCGUGACGGCUUCCCUAGACGCCCCCCCCGGGAAGGCGGGUCCCGCUCCUCUCGUCCUGCAGCGGCAAAGCAGCAGAGAAAACGGUUCAGUGGAGAGUGACGGCUUGACCAACGACUCGUCCUCCUCGGUGAUGGGAGACCAGGAGUACCAGAGCCGAAGUCCGGACGUCCUGGAGACCACGUCCUUCCAGGCGCUGUCCCCCGCCAACAGCCAGGCAGAAAGCAUCAAGUCCAGAUCUCCCGAUGCCGGUGGCAAAGCAGACAGCGCCGAGAACGGCCGCGCUGAGAUGGAAGGUCGUAGCAGCCUGCCAUCGACAUUUAUCCGCGCUCAGCCAGCCUAUGUGAAAGUCGAAGUCCCUGGCGCGUUUGUUGGACCUGCGACCGUGUCCCCAGGCAUGACUCCUUUGCUGGUGGCCCAGCCACGCCGGCAGGCCAAACAGCACGGCUGUGCACGGUGCGGGAAGAACUUCUCCUCGGCGAGCGCCCUCCAGAUUCACGAGAGGACUCACACUGGGGAGAAGCCUUUCGUGUGUAACAUAUGUGGGCGUGCCUUUACCACCAAAGGCAACCUGAAGGUCCACUACAUGACGCACGGAGCCAACAACAGUUCUGCACGCCGAGGGAGGAAGCUGGCCAUCGAGAACACCAUGGCUCUGUUAGGAACUGAUGGGAAGAGAGUUCCUGAGAUGUUUCCCAAGGAAAUCCUGGCCCCUGCGGUGAGCGUGGACCCCGUCGUGUGGAACCAGUACACCACCAUGCUCAACGGAGGCCUGGCCAUGAAGACCAACGAAAUCUCCGUGAUCCAGAGUGGCGGCAUCCCCACGCUCCCCGUUUCCCUGGGGGCUAGCUCCAUUGUGAACAACACCACUAUCUCCAAGUUGGACGGCUCCCAGUCUGCCCUCGGUGCCGAAGUGGAAAAACCGGGUGCUGCUGACGGUGUCCCCAAACACCAGUUCCCUCACUUCCUGGAAGAAAACAAGAUUGCAGUCAGCUAA